UCAGGACAUCUCGUGAUUUAACCCAAAAAAAAUGUCAAUUACGGAAAUUAAGGAAGCAUGGUGGCUUAAACAAAGGAUGCACGGCCUUUAUGAUACAGUGGCAAGUUAUAACGUGCAUGAUGACACUCAUUUUACGUGUUUCUCAGUGUCACUAUCUUGAUAGAUAACUGGUAUACUCUACCUAGUUUAGGACAAUAAUAAAACACAGGAAAAAAGCGUUUUGCGUGCCUCCUCCAACCAUCUCUCCAAAAGAAGUGAAGGAGGAGAUACCAAGAAACAGGACAUAGAAAAGAUUAAAACUCACUUGGUAAUCUCCACCCAUUCUUUGUGAUUUCCCCUUAUCAGCAAUGUAUUCACAGAGCAUUCUUAUUAUAUUCAACAGAUUCUUCUCAAGUUUAUAUGGAUUUUACCCAAAUGUAACUUUUAGGUCUGGUUUAGUGUUAAUCCAGUAGCCAAAAACAAUCAUUUCUUGGUUUUUUUCUGUUCUUGUUCAAUCAAAGACUGGAUUUUUAGACUAUUUCUGCAUUACCCAUUUCUGUUUUCUAUGAAAUAUCAGGUUAUGGAGUUCAUAGUUGUCUAGGUUAUAGAAAACCGAGGAGGUUUUUGUAUGCUUUUAUUAAGUUGAACCUUAAGUCUUCUAUGAAUCCAGGCUUUGGAUAUAGCAGAGUGACAACCAAAAGAAAAAUUUAGAUUGGAUUUGGUAUUUAAGGAUAUGGGUAGGAGAAGAAUAAGAGAUUUGGGAGAGAAGGAAGAUGGGUUGUGUCUGAAUUCUGGGAUUGGGUUUCUGUGGUGUCCCCAAGAUGAAGGCUAUCACCCUGGUGGAUACUUUGCAAGUAUGUGGCAGAUGGGGAUGGGAUUUGGGAUAUCCCAUAGUCUGCAAAGCUCUUCUGAAAAUCUCCCGCGAUUGAAUGUGUUUGGGCAGUACAAGGCACCCGAAGCCAGUUUAAAGGAGAGUGGAUUCCCUGAGUUAGCGGGAACUGAAGCUGUGGAGGUGAAAGAGAAAUGGGGGCAGAAGAAACAGAAGAAGAAAGGGGUUGGUCUUAGAUGGAGGGUUAAGGUUGGGAAUCCAUCUUUGAGAAAGUUGAUCAGUGGGGCAAUUGCAGGCGCGGUCUCGAGGACAUCAGUUGCUCCAUUGGAGACAAUAAGGACUCAUAUGAUGGUGGGGAACUAUGGGCACUCAACAAAUGAAGUGUUUCAGAAUAUCAUGAAGAAUGAAGGGUGGAAAGGGCUGUUCAGUGGAAAUCUGGUCAAUGUAAUAAGAGUGGCACCAAGCAAGGCCAUAGAGUUAUUUGUAUAUGAGACCUUCAAAACGCGAUUGACGUCUAAACCAGAUGAACAGCCCAGAUUACCUGGACCUGCUUCUCUGAUCUCGGGCGCUGUUGCUGGAAUUAGCUCGACGUUGUGCACCUACCCACUUGAGCUGCUAAAAACGCGACUCACUGUUCAGAGGGGUGUAUACAAAAACGUGUUGGAUGCAUUGGUUAAAAUCGUGAAAGAGGAAGGGCCUGCAGAGCUAUACAGAGGGCUCACUCCAAGCCUAAUUGGAGUGAUUCCAUAUGCAGCCACAAACUAUUAUGCAUAUGACACAUUAAGGAAAGCUUACAGGCAGAUCUUCAAGCAAGAAGAGAUUGGGAACAUGGCAACUCUGUUGAUUGGCUCAGCAGCCGGCGCCAUCUCUGGUGGCGUGACUUUCCCCCUCGAGGUGGCUCGGAAACACAUGCAAGCUGGAGCUCUCAAUGGUAGGCAAUACCACAACAUGCUUCAUGCCCUUAUAAGCAUUCUGGAACAUGAAGGUGUCCUGGGUCUUUACAGGGGUUUGGGGCCAAGCUGCCUGAAAUUGGUCCCUGCUGCUGGAAUUUCUUUCAUGUGUUAUGAGGCAUGCAAGAAGAUAUUGGUUGAGCAUGAAAAUGCCGAUUAGAUAGUGUGUAUUUUUUCCUACUUUUUCAAGCAUCUUUUCAAUCUUUACAGAGCACUUGGAAUCAGCUUUCAAUUUGAAGCAAGCCUUCAUAUAUAUUACAUGAAAA